GGCGGGGCGCGGGGCGCACCCGAGCUGAGCGCGGCGGCGGCAGCCGCGGCUCCGGGAGCGGGACCGGGAGCGGGACGUGCCCCGGGACGUGCCCCGGGACGGCGGCCGAGGAUGGGUUGCGUGAAGUCGAAGGAAGCUGACAUCCAAGACAAGGUGAUAAAAACAGAUCUCGGCCCCGGCCUGCAGCUGGGCCACUACGUGAAGGACCCCACGGCUGACAACAAGCACCACAAUGCCUGCAGUGUAGCCGUGCCCCUGCCCGUGGAUGGCCCGGGGGACAGCGUGGUGCUGGCGCUCUAUGACUACGAGGCGAUGCACCCUGGGGACCUGAGCUUCAAGAAGGGAGAGCGGCUGAAGGUCCUGGAGGAGAAGGGCGAGUGGUGGCAGGCACGGUCGCUGGUGACAGGGCACGAGGGCUUCAUCCCCAGCAACUACGUGGCCCGAGCCGACUCGCUGGAGACAGAAGAGUGGUUUUUUAAGGGCAUCAGCAGGAAGGACGCAGAGCGGCUGCUGCUUGGCCCUGGGAACGUGAUCGGAUCCUUCAUGAUACGGGACAGCGAGACCACCAAAGGUUGCUACUCCUUGUCGGUGCGGGACGGGGACGGCCUGCAGGGAGGCAGCGUGAAGCAUUACAAGAUCCGGACGCUGGACAGCGGCGGCUUCUACAUCUCCCCGCGCAACAGCUUCGACACGCUGCAGGAGCUGGUUGAGCACUACAAGGGGCAAAGCGACGGGCUGUGCCAGAGGCUCACCUACCCCUGCUGCAUGCCCAAACCCCAGAAGCCCUGGGAGAAAGAUGCGUGGGAAAUCCCUCGGGAGUCUCUGCAGCUGGAGAAGAAGCUGGGAGCCGGGCAGUUUGGAGAAGUGUGGAUGGCUACCUACAACAAGCACACCAAGGUGGCGGUGAAGACCAUGAAGCCCGGCAGCAUGUCUGUGAGCGCCUUCCUGGAGGAGGCGAACCUCAUGAAGACCCUGCAGCACGACAAGCUGGUGAAGCUGCACGCCGUCGUGACCAAGGAGGAGCCCAUCUACAUCAUCACCGAGUUCAUGGAGAAAGGGAGCUUGCUGGACUUCCUGAAGAGCGAGGAGGGGAACAAGCAGCCGCUGCCGAAGCUGAUCGACUUCUCUGCCCAGAUUGCAGAAGGAAUGGCUUUUAUUGAGAAGAGGAACUACAUCCACAGAGACCUGAGAGCUGCCAAUAUUCUAGUGUCAGCAAUACUGGUGUGCAAGAUCGCAGACUUCGGCCUGGCCAGGAUCAUUGAAGACGAUGAGUACACAGCCCGGGAAGGUGCCAAGUUUCCCAUUAAAUGGACUGCACCAGAAGCCAUCAAUUACGGAUCUUUCACUAUAAAAUCAGAUGUCUGGUCCUUUGGGAUCCUCCUGACCGAGAUCAUUACCUAUGGGCGCAUCCCAUACCCAGGGAUGUCGAGCGUGGAGGUGAUCAGGGCCCUGGAGCGCGGCUACCGCAUGCCCCGCACAGAGAACUGCCCCGAGGAGCUGUACGACAUUAUGCUGAGGUGCUGGAAGACCAAACCAGAGGAUCGCCCCACCUUCGAGUACACGCAGAGUAUUUUGGAGGAUUUCUUUACUGCGACAGAGAGCCAGUAUCAGCAGCAGCCAUAAUGCAGAAAGUUUGGUGGAAACGAUGGACAGCCCUGCACUGUGCGCGCCGUGUUAGCAGCAGCGAGCACAUGCACCCUGCUCUUCCCUGUCCCGCUCUCGAUCUGUGCACACCUUCCUCGUCUGCUGGCCUGGCCCAGAAACCAAAGACUUCCUGAGGAGGCUUGGCUAGGAGCAAGGGCACGACGAAGCAUCGCUCCAGCCACCCCCGGGGCUGCCAGGCCGGGGAUAAGCGAGGCAGGGCUGCACCUUGUGCCUUCUGCACGUGCCAGACUGCCGGGCAGCAGCUGCCCCGGGCCGUGCCUGCUGGUGGGUGUCCAGCUGGUGUGAGAGCACCACGCGAGGAGGGCUGGGGCCACGGCUGCUUCAGCUACAGAGGAAAAAAGAAAUAGGUUUUUUGAGCCGUCUGAGAUCUUAUCGUGCUGUUUUGCAGAAGUAGGCGCUUGUGCUGCACUGUGCUUGUUGAAAGGCCGUUCUGCCCUGGGGGUGCUGUGCAGUGCCCACCGCCCGCACAACCUGGCCGCUCGCGCCCACGCGCUGGUGAAAUCCCGAUGGAUCGCCACCGGGUGCUGCGCUGCGGCACCUCAGCUCGUCUCUGCCUCAGGGACCUGGCUUUGAAGCGUUACUGAAACGAGACUCUCCCAAAGCCCUGCUGGAUGGUGUUGGUUUUUUUUUUUUGGUACUUUUUUUUUUUGGUACUUUUUUUUUUUUGGUACUUUUUUUUUUUG